AUCGCUCUUCCCUGUAUUUCUUAUUUCUCCCUACCAGAGUGAACAUUUAUCGUUCAACAUAAAAAUAUUGGCACAAUCAUUCUGUUUUUCUUCUUUGAAGCUUGACCACUCUGACGAGAAGUAUAAACACGUGCAUCCCGCCGGUCCUCGAACGCGCGAAAGCCGAAGUGCAAGCGCACCACUUUGCCUUUGCAACUUCGCCUUGCCUUCUCGGUUUAAAUCCUCCUCUAUCCUUCGUACUUAUGCGACCACCACCAAGCUCAUCAUAAUACACCAUCGACCGAGAUGUUUGGCUCAAUCACGAAUUACUUCUACGACCGCCGACGAGGCUUUGCUAAAGCCGCAGGAUUCGUCGGUGGCGCCUACCUCGUCGGACGUUACGUCGUGGACAGGUUAGCAGAGAUUAGGGAGAGGGUUAUGCAGGAGAGGGCUGCGAGAGAUAACGUCCGCAAACGCUUCCAACAAAACAUACAAGACAUUUCCUUCACAAUAAUGUCCCAACUUCCCAUCCUCGGCCAAAACAUCCUCUCGGAAAUGAACGUCGAAGCACUUACAGCUGAACUCCAAUCUAUCACACGAGCCUCCCGAGCGAACACACAACCACAACCACCACCUCCCCCACCACUGGUAUCGCCGCCGCCACAAGAACAAGCCCACUCUUCGCCCGACCCUCAGACGUCCACUCCAUCACUAAUAUCAACAUCGACGUAUCCUCCGAACCCAUAUGCCCAACCACUGGCGCAAUCACCUACAUCACCCCUCAUCCCACCCUCCGACUCCUCCCUAUCUUCGAGCCUCGAAUUCAUCGUACCCGCUCCUUCCUCCGAUAUCAGCUCUGGGGCAGGAAUAGCGGUAGACCCGGUACCUCGUAAUACCGACAACGACACUUUCUCACUUUUGUCCCACUCCCAGUCGGCACGGAUGGAAGGGUCCACUUCGCAGUUAGGUGCGAGCUGGGUGGACCAGUUCUCCGAGCAGCAGUCGGCUUCUUCCUCUUCCCAAGCGAACUCCCAUACGGGGUCGAGGAGAGCUUCGGAGGACAAUGUGCUCGUACCUCCUGCGGCAUCAUCCGCACAGCCCUCUGCGAACGUCGAAGUAGGGAAGACGAGUGGAAGUGGCAAUGGGCUGACAGAGUCGAUAAGUAGCUCUGGUAUGAGCAGUCAAGAGCCAUCAAUAUUCGGGAGUUCUCAUCUCGACCAACCUAUACCUACUCCUCAAGUCUCGAUGAGCGAUUCGACAAGGUCCAAAGCCGAACUGUGGCGAGAAGUCAAAAUGCUCACAAUGACCCGGACGCUCACAACCCUCUACUCCACCACUCUCCUCUCCCUCUUUACCCACAUCCAACUCUCCCUCCUCGGCCGAUACAAGUACGUACGUUCGAUAGUGGAGCUCGAGGCGGACGAGAGGGCAAGAGAGGGCUUAGAGUACGACACCGAUAUCUCUUCGCUGUUCUUUCAGAGUGGGGAGGAGAAGGGGGCAAAGAGGGAGAAAGAGGAGGAGAUGGGGAUGGGGAAUAGUGCUUGGGCGAGGUUCGGGAGGAUCGUGGUCGAACAUGCGGAUGCGGACGACGAUUACGGCUUUCCUGCGUCAGGUUCAAGGCGGAAGGCGAAGGCGAGACCAGCAGACCAUUGGAUCGAUGAACCCAUCUCAGACGAGACGGAGCGGAUGUAUCUCAUGUUGAGUUGGUGGAUCCUGAACGUGGGCUGGAAAGACGUGGGUGAGCGUGUUCGGAGGGGUGUGGAAGAGGUGUUUGAGGGCGUGAGUUUGAAGAGUAAGCUCGGUGUAUUGGAGCUGAAUAGGUUGGUCGGAGAUGUGAGAAGAAGGGUCGAAUGGGAGGUUACGUUCGAAGGGAGGGAGAGGAGAAUCAACUUCCUCUCGACACUCCUCCCUCCCACGUCCUCAGCCCUCUCCCACCUUCUCGCACGCACCGGUUUCUCAUCAUUCUCCUCAUCAUCAUCAUCAACAUCCCCAUUCCUCCCUCCUGCACCCGCGCCCGCACCCGAACAGAACCCAACUUUCAAUGCCCUCCUCUCCGAAACCCGCGACCUCCUCUCUUCCCCAGACUUCCUACUAGUUCUUGAGCGAUGUCUCGAUCGCGGAACCGAGGUCCUCCUCGAGGGUCUGCGGAGAAACGUUUUCUCUUCUAGCAUUUCUACCUCUUCCGCCAACCAAGAUACCACGGGCGCGGUAUCGGGAUCGGUACCAGAGCAAGACGAAGAGCCCAGGAUGAGAUUGGCGGGAAUGCUACCGGGAUUGGCGAGGUGGAGUGCGUUGGCUGUGAAUACAGUGCCGAACGAGCUUGUUGAUAACUUGGCGGACGUGAGGGAAGUGGAAGGCUUUGCGGCGAUUAUAUAUUCGAGUUAUGAGGAUAGAUUUAGGUGAAACUGAUUGUACUGGAUCCCGGUGUCGAUUAUCAUAACCGGUGGAUGUGUGAUGUGUGAGUUGUUACUUCUUAGUGAGGGCUUUUCAGCUGUGGACUUUGCGUCGUGAGUUCUGUUGAGAAGAUUGUGCUUCGUUAGUACUACCAUAGGUGAAGCGAGUGAUAUACAUUUGGGUAGCCCCUCCCAUGGUGUUUGCAACGAUAAUUGAAAAGCAAUCAGCUAGCGCCACAGGAAGGGAAUUCCUGCCCAGUGCGCGAUGCGGUGACCAAACUCGGGCUACAAUGCGUUGCCAGGCUGACUACGAUGGCACGGACGUCGCACGAUGCACGAUUCUUCCAAUUGUCCGGUUUCCGACGAUCGAUCUUCUGACGUGGAAAGAUCCGUACUCAGUUGGUUCUUUGUUGGGCGUUUAGACAACGGGCCUUUUGUAUAAGUUUGACGUCUGCUUUUAGCUCACAAUGGAAGACGUCCCUACCAGACCUUCGUCCCCUGCUCCAGAUCUUGGCCCUUUUCCCAAUCCCGCCCCCGACUACCCCAUUGUCAUCGUCCAACACAGACACUGUGGCGUUGACACUGGAUCAUCCUGUGACGAACUGAAAUGGUCUCUCAUAAUCCUCACCACUCUAAACCUCUAUAAGUCGACCGAUCCAAGCGAGCCGGUCCACGGCGUAGAAAUGGCCGGUCAAUCCUUUGCCGUCGCGCCUCGAGGUUUUGACGCUGGAGAAAAAAGAUCUUACGAUGAGGACGUCCCGUGGACGACAAAGUGUAAUCGGAACGAGAGGCUGUCGAUGGUGAAUGAUCCUUACAAGAAGUGCAUGGGUGGCGUCAAGCUAGGUUCUCUUGCUGUGGAUGGCAGGGAUCCGGAAGAGGUGAAGAAGGAACUGGAGGAAGUGGUUAGUCUCAUAAAGUCGCAUCAGCCGACUCCGAAGUCGGAGGAUUGGGACUACAGGGAUUGGUUGCUCGAGGUGGUGGGACGGUUGAGGGAGAGGCAGGGUGCGAGGGGAUGGAUUGAUGUUGCCGAAGGAGAUGUGCUGGACAAGGAUAGAGUGGCUAAGAGAAUGGAGCUUGCGAUGCAUAAGACUGAGGAGAAGAAUGGACAUGUCAAUUGGAAGGUCGAAGCUGAGGGUGGAUUUGUGUUUGGUUCGAGUCUCAGAGUUACGAGGAAAAUCGGUGGACAGAAAAUGAUGCACGUUCCGAUUAUUGUCGGGCUGGAUAUAGACGUAUUCCUUGGUACUGAUGUUGCUUGA